AUGGCCACUGCAGCAAACACACCGUCUCUUCUCGUCAAGCGCUUGUCAGAAAAAGCAAAACUGCCCACACGUGGAUCGCCAGCUUCUGCAGGUUACGAUUUAUACAGUGCGGAGGACAAGGUCAUUCCAGCUCAAGGAAAAGCUGUCAUUGCCACUGAUCUGUCCGUUGCGGUACCUGAGGGCUGCUAUGGUCGUGUAGCACCACGAUCCGGUUUGGCAAGCAAACACUUCAUUGACACUGGUGCUGGCGUGAUCGAUGCGGAUUACCGUGGCCCUUUGGGUGUAUUGCUAUUCAAUUUCUCCAAAGAGGAUUACACAGUGGCACAAGGGGAUCGUAUCGCCCAGUUGGUAUUGGAACGCAUUUACACACCCGAAGUUGUCGAAGUUCAGGAUCUGGAUACAACCACACGUGGCGCUGGCGGAUUUGGUUCCACCGGUUAUCAGUAG